UUCAAAUUUCUUUUUAAAUUUGAAAUAUUAAGAUUUUGCAAUAUUGUAUUAACAUUAAACACAUUACACUUUAUAGACUGAGAUCUUUAGGAUCAGCAGCAAUGAGUUUAUGCUAUUUGGCAAUGGGAGCAGUAGAUAUAUGUAGUAUGAAAGGAUUGAAAUGUUGGGAUGUAGCAGCAGGAAUUCUAAUUAUCAGAGAAGCUGGAGGCAUUGUACUUAAUUUAGAAGGAGGUCAAUACAAAGACAUUAUGAAUGCCAAUAUUACAGCUACAUGUACAGAAAAGCUAGCUGAAAAUUUUUUCAAAUUAAUAAAUGAAAAAUUUUAAUGAUUUGUGGUGAUAAAAUAUAUAUUAUUUGUAAUUAUUUGAUUUKUUACAUCAAACUUGUCAUUUUAAAGGUAAUCUUAAGAGCUAUAGCUAACUAUAUGAGUUAGGAUUAAAAUUUUAGUCAUAUUUCAAAAUAUAGUGUAAAGAUUAAGGUAUAUUGUCAAAUGUAAAGAAAAUAUUUAUAGGAAUCACUAUAAAUUACUUGCUGUACAUAAUUAAGGGAUGUUGUAAUCGCCAUUACAUCUAUAAUAUUGAUAGAAAUAUCAUAUUACUAUCUGCUAAAGGCAUUAACUAAAUAUGUAAUUUAUCUAUUAGUAUAAUUAACCAAUACUAAAAGCUAUCCAAGUUUUAAAGGAUUUUUAAAGAUUUGUAUAUUGAUUAUCAUUUGUUAACUCCUAAACUCUGUCCCACGAGAGAAUAUACUGUGCCCCGUGCGAAGAUUAGUUGAUUCUGUCCUUCACCAAAAUCUUUACUAAUUGACUGGUCAUAACGGUGUAGGUAGAUUUUACCAGUAGCCUAUAUAAACAUGCAUGGAGAUUUGACAGCCUAGUCGGCCAGCAUAGUUUAUUCUACAUUGUGCAAACCUGGCCUGUUUUCUCGUGGGACAGAGCAAAUCAUUUUAGAUAAAAUGCUUUUAAGUUAACUGUAAGUAUACAGCAUUAAAAUAUAUCACACAUAAUUAAAUGUAUUUUAAAUAUUGUAUUAGGUACCUUACAGUUGGGAUAACCCGGGUUAAAUUGUCUCACUUACAAUCUAUAGAAUGAAAUAUUUUGAAUUUUUAGUAUUAUAAUUUGUAAUGCAAGUAGAAAGAUUGAGAAGUAUCACUACAUGUCUACAUACAAACAUUUUUAACAUUGGGUACAAUUUAAAGUUCAUUAUCUGGUUCUUAACAGUGUUGUCUGUUGCUUGACUGUAUAAGAACAUAUUUCACUAGCAUAUUUUGUUAUCAAUGUAAAUUUUGAUUCAUGUUUUAUUUACUCUUUUACUUUGAUCCCUAUGUGUUAUUAUGGAGUUAAAUAAAAAUAUAUUUUUUUUA